AUGGCUGACCCAAGAGUUGUAGAGUGGCUUAAAGUCUAUCCUGAGCCAAAAACAACUGCUUCCUACACCGAAGCAGACGAAGUCUUGACUUUAUUAAAGACUACUCCAGAAACCAUUGCUAUUAUUGAUCUUAGAAAUGAUAGGGAUCCAGGUUACUUGAAGGAAUCCGUCCACAUUCCUGCUAUUACCUUAACUGACCCCAAGAAGAUUAGAGAAGAAGCAAUUGAUCUUGUGAAGGAAGCAAAACCUACUGCUGAAACAAUUAUUGUUCAUUGUAACAGUUCCAAGCAAAGGGCUGUUAAAGUUGCAGGUACUAUUCAGGAUUAUUUGGACCAAAAUAAUGUCCCUGAUUUAAAGGUUACAGUUUUAAAAGGUGGUAUUGCUGGCUGGCUACCAUUAGACGAACCUUACAAGUCCUUCGUGAUUCCAACACUGGAGGCUUAG